AUGACAGACCCCGUCCCCUCUUCCGUCGAGACUACCGACUCGCUGGUGUCGCUUAAAGACCCAGCAGCGGCGCCACUCCCUACGCAGGACUCUGGGAAGCGGAAGACGCCCAGCUACUACAACACUUCGAUCCGGCGACAGCAGUGUCGAGUGAACCAGGCACGCUACCGCAACCGACAACGACAGGCUCAGGUGGAGCUGGAGCAGAACGUUGAGCAGCUCCGCCAAGAAGUCGGCAACUUGAAGCGAAGGUACCAAGAUCUGUCGUCGCGCGAGAGGAGCAGCCAGAGUCCCUGGAGCAUCGUGGCGGAGGUCUUCCACCUGCUCGAGAGCAGCUACCGGUCGCCCUGGCGCAUGACGAGCACCAAGGAGAUGAUGAGCCACCCGCAGACGCGACUGACGCUGGCUGUGCUGGAGAGGGCCUUCGCGCACGACGCCGCCAUGGGCGAACGACGCGGCGCUGACGUGCUGAUGGAGCAACUGCGACUGUACUCGCAGUGCUUCGGCGACCCUCGCCUGCAACUGAAGCGCAUUGAGUCCGUGUUUGCUGGUGUGAUGGCUGCGCGCGUGAGACUGAGUGUGACGGUGACGGAGUUCACGCUGAAGCACGUCUUCCCGCACCCGGAAGCAAAGGGCGGUGAAGCCAAUGGCCAAAGGCUGUACGAGCGUCUUCUCGGCCAGCGUCUCGAUCUCGACUGCACGAUGAACUUCCUCUUCGAUGACUUGAGCUGCCGUGUUGCUCGCUUAGAGACCAACAUCAACCUGGCGGCGGCUUUUCUUCAAGCCCUUGGCAACGUAGAGGAUGUGGCACGUGCACUGGAGCACGCGCGGAUCACUUCCGAAUCUACCAUUGAGGCAGGAAUAUAG